AUUCUCGGAGUUUCCUGGACAGCAUGAACCACGCCAGCGGCUCCACAGAGGGAGACUUGUUCAGAUCAGACGUGUCGGUCACUCCUGCGUCCUGUCAGAGGAUCUUCGGCUCCAUGUGCUCCGUGUCAUCGGGUAGCCCCCUCCCACACACAGACAGCUCCACUCCGCCUCCAGCGUGGCACGACCGGACUCCAAACUCCCAAAACUCCCCGUUCCCCCCGCAGCCCUCACCUCCUCUCUCACUCAGCACUCCCAAUGCCCACAGUUCUCCCCGGGGGGUCCUAAAAGCCCUGGGUGGCGACGGUCCCGGGGUCCGCAAGGAGACAGACAGCACAGACUUGUCCUUGUUGUUGUUGGGUAACGGAGGCCUGGAGCACAGCCUGCUGGAGGCCAUGGAGGGCCUCGGGGGUCUGAACCUCAGGGGAGAGGGGGGGGGCCUCGCUCCGAUACUGCCUGAGAAGAGGAGAGUGGGUGAGGGGGGAGAUUUUGGCUCCUGCUCCCCUUCUCUAAGUGGAUUUUCCAGCCCUCACAGUGGCAGCAGUCUCAGCAUCCCAUUCUCAUCCUCCAUGACCCCUGACCCCCUGAGAGGACACAGUGGGGCCCCGUCGCCCGGAGCAGAGUUUGGCAGUAAGCAGGACACUGUGAAGUUUGUUCAGGACACUUCCAAGUUCUGGUACAAGCCCGACAUUUCCAGAGACCAAGCCAUCGCAGUGUUAAAGGACAAAGAGCCGGGGUCUUUUAUUGUCAGGGACAGUCAUUCAUUCCGCGGAGCGUACGGAUUGGCUAUGAAGGUGGCGACGCCUCCUCCGUCUGUGAUGCAGCAGAGUAAGAAAGUAGACCUGUCCAACGAGCUGGUGAGACACUUCCUGAUCGAGUGCACACAGAAAGGAGUUCGUCUGAAGGGCUGCCCCAACGAGCCGUACUUUGGAAGUCUCACAGCUCUGGUGUGUCAGCACUCCAUCACUCCCCUGGCUCUUCCCUGUAAACUCAUCCUGCCUGACAGAGACCCGGUGGAGGACAUGACCGACUCUCCUCCACAGACAGCGACAAACUCAGCAGCUGAGCUUCUCAAACAAGGAGCAGCGUGUAACGUUUGGUACCUGGGCUCUGUGGCGCUGGAGUCUCUGACGGGACACCAGGCCGUUCAGAAGGCGACCACGCAGACUCUCGCCAUGGACCCUCCGCCCGCCUCCACCGUCGUCCACUUCAAGGUGUCAGCGCAGGGCAUCACGCUCACGGACAACCAGAGGAAGCUUUUCUUCAGGAGACACUACGCAGUCAAUACCGUCAUCUUCUGUUCUCUGGACCCACAGGGCAGGAAAUGGACGAGAGGAAGCAGCUCCACUGCAAAGUAA